AUGCCACCUGUCGGCUGGGUGAAAUGCAAUGUUGAUGGCGCUUUUGAUGCAGACCAGGGACAGGGUGCAACCGGGGUAGUGCUCCGGGAUCAUACAGGAACUUACAAAGGAGGUAGAGCACGCUGGCAUCAGCAUGGAUUGAACGCCUUGUCAAUGGAAGCUGAAGCGUGUAGGGAUGGCAUGAUUCUGGCUAGGGAGUUAAAUGUCCACCGACUGCAGAUGAAAACAGACAGCCAAGAAUUGUUGAAGCUUUGGGAGAUGUGA